AUUUCUCUUUCCCCCAUGUCGAUUCAAUUCCUCUUCCACAAAUCUUCCCGCAAAACGCCUCCGAUGAAAGGGCUGAAACUUCAAUGUUCUUCCUUAAACCUCCAUUCAAGAUCCAUGCGGACCUUCCAGAUCGCCCAUUCAAGAUCCAUGCGGACUCUCACAAUAAGUGAGAUUGCUGCGUUCCUCAAACGUGAGCCUGCUAAGGUUGCCUACUUUGACUGCAUUGCCACAAUUGAUGAUGUCAAGCUUGGGGCUGAGUGGUAUUACAUUGCUUGCAAAGAUUGCCAGACCAAGCUAAACCGUGGUCCGACAACCUUGCUUUGUCCAAAAUGCCGCAAUGAAGAUGCUACUGCAUUAGCCAACUAUCGGGUGGAGCUUUCUGUCUAUGAUAAUGAGGAGCAGUGCACGUUCAUCAUCCUCGGAGAUACUGGAAAAGAGCUCACUGGCAGAAAAGCAUCAGAGUUGAUUGACGCCUAUGUUCAGGAGAACGGUGGAGAUGAGGCUGAGCUUGAAGUUCCACUGCCACAGUGUUUUAUUGACACAAUUGGCCAGACAAAGAAAUUCAGGAUCAAGGUCUCCCCCUACAAUUUCACUUCAACCCGACUUUCCUUGACUGCUACCAAGAUAAUCUCACCAGCAGUUUUACCACCAAAUAAUACGCCACUUUCUCUUCUUGGCGCACAAAACCAUCGUCCAGGAGCUGAAGUGGAAAUCUUAGAGGUAGCUGAGAGCAGUGGUGGUGGUGCUUCGGCCACUGACGACCAGAAGGAAGCUAAGCGUAUCAAGCGUAGUGGCUAGAUCUCAUACACCAAAAUCACUCCACCAGUGGCUGGUACAGACUGUCUAGUCAGCAUGCUUCCCUAAUAACAGUCUUAUUUCUCUUUAGUCAUUUUGUUUUCCAUUUUGCUAAGACAAUUUCAUUUUGCUAAAACGUUAUGGAUUUCUUAUCUUAUUAAGUUGUUUGGUUUUCAUUCCUACCUUGGUUAUGCAGUCUUAUAAAUUUUAUGUAUUCGUAUUCAUUAUUGUA